UAAAAAUAAAAUAGUAUGAAUGACAGAAUCUAAAUUCAGUCGGUGGUAUCUGAGUCUCUCUCAGUCACAGCUCAGCUCAGAGUGAGAACACUUCACAGAUCUGGGCGGUGACUCAAGAGAUCUCCACCUUCCUUCAUUUCAUUUCAGUAUCAAUCAGGUCCAUUGGCUCAUUGCUAUUAUCAUGUCAAGGAGGCCAGUAAAUCCUUCACGCCGGUUAGCUGAUGGUGGAAGUAUAUCAUUUGUGUCCUCUAUCAAGGCUAAAUCUCAGAACUCUCCUCUACUAUCUAUUGGGCUUGUUAUAGUGGGUGCAAUCCUCCUCAUUGGUUUUAUUUAUAGCAGCUCAGGUGGAUCUAGUGGUGAUAUUAAGGAUGUAAGCAAACUUGAAGGUGGUGCAUCAUGCACUUCAGAAGUCCUACAUGCAUUGCCCAUUUUGAAGAAAGCAUAUGGAGACAGCAUGCGAAAGGUUUUGCAUGUUGGCCCAGACUCUUGUUUGCUGGUACCGAGUUUGUUAGAAGAGGAUACUGAGGUUUGGGGAAUAGAACCAUAUGAAUUAGAUGAUGUAAGUGCAAAGUGUAAAGGUCUUAUACGCAGGGGCAUUGUGCGUGUUGCUGACAUUAAGUUUCCUCUACCCUACCGUGCAAAGUCAUUUUCUCAUGUCAUUGUGUCAGAUGCAUUGGAUUACUUAUCUCCGAGGUACCUGAAUAAAACCCUGCCAGAGUUGGUGAGGGUAUCCACUGAUGGUGUUGUUAUCUUUUCAGGUUAUCCAGGUCAGCAGAGAGCUAGAGGUGGAGAAGUGUCCAAAUUUGGCCGUCCCGCCAAACUGCGGAGCGCAUCUUGGUGGAUAAGGUUUUUCGUUCAGACAGGAUUAGAAGAAAAUGAAACUGCUGGAAAGAAGUUUGCACAGGCUUCAGCCAAGAAGGCAUACAAGCCAGCAUGCCAAGUUUUUCACCUCAAAUCAUACCCCUGAAAUGUUUACUGUGUCCUGUUUUACCCACAGACUUCAUGGUAAUAAACCAUGGUGGCGAGGCUCGCACUUAGAGCACCCGAAGGGUAUAAGUUCCAUACUUUAUGUUUGAUAUUAUAGUCUUAUUUGAUCCGAUUAUGAAAAGAUAUCAAUUUUUUUCUUUUUUUACAUUCCCAUUGUAAACUAUUUUGUCUUUAUAAUUUUCCAUAAUUUUACGUUUCCACA